CUGAUUUGUUAUUUCUUCUUAAUAUUCACACUCUCUUCCUUCGCCUAGAAGCUAAUAAUCUCAUCCUCUUUUUCCUUUAUCCGCUUCACAGAUUACAUACUAAACCCUAACCACUCGAAAUUCCUGUUUCAAUUCGGUUUCCCAUAAUCAAGUGAGUUACCUAAUUCGCCUUGACUCAACUCUAGGGUUUUCAAUUUUAUUUUGUGAUGAUCAGACGGUCUUAAUUGCAGCUUUAAGCUCGUGGCUUACUUUUGGGAAAUUACAAGGACCAUAAAGAGAACAGGCCUUGUUGUUUCAUAAAAGAUUUUUGGAAGUGAGGUUCUCAUGAGAAUUUUUAGGGGAAUGCAGAAAGUAGUUCGCGAGGAUCAAAGGGAAGUAAGCUGCUGCAAGAAAUCAUUCAGCAAAGGUAUUGGUGUGACUGCCCCAAAGGCCAGGAAGCGAGAUAAAUUGAAAGUAUUUCUCUAAUUUGGGUAAAGGCAGAGUGACUGUUCUGUGGGUCUCUAGUUGAAGAAGGGCAGCAAAAAUGACACGGAUACUUGUUCAGAGGGGUUCUACCGGGUCUUCAUCAUCGUCGACAAACCAGAACAGGUCGUCAGUUUCACUCCCUGGAUCAUCUGCUUCUUCUUCAGCUUCAUCACAGCCACAGGUUUCUAGCACUAGUCAAGUGCCAUCAACUCUGAAAGAUGAUGAGUUGUUGGGAGAACUUUCAGAAUCGAUUGUCUUGGAUGAGUUUUCAGUUGGUUCCUUCAAUCACAAAGGUGGUGAUGAUGAAGCUUCAGUAGAAAGCUUUGGCUGUGACCAAAGCCUCCCUGAAGAAAAGAUUGUUGACAAUGAGAAGGUAAGUGAUGGUGCUUUUGUCUGUGGGGACUCCGUAAAAGGAUCUUGUGGUUUAAGAGUUGAGGUAGCGGAAAAUGAGGGUACUUCUUUGGCGGGGGCUAAAGGUAGUUCUUGUCCACCUCCUCCUCCACCUCCUAUCCCACCUCCUAAACCUGCUUCACUAAACCCUAGCCCAAGGAAAUUUUCAUUAGGUAGUUCAAAUGCAGUACGGAUAGGAUCAUCUAGGGAAUUUGUUGGGCAGACCAAUGUGUCAACUAGGACUUCACCUACUGGAUCUAGGCCAUCCUCUCCACGGUCACACUGUGAAAGUGAAGGUUAUAAUAGCGCAGAUGAGCAGAAUCCCAACUUUGGAUCCUCACGCAAUGAUGUGGAGAGAGAGCAUCAGUUUGAAAUUGAUAUAAGAAGAGCCAAAGGCUUAGAAGUUAAGAAAAUGCGUGAAGAUGGGAACUGCCUCUUCCGUGCAGUUGCUGACCAAGUAUAUGGUGAUUCUGAAGCUUAUGAUUUGGUCAGGCAGAUGUGCAUCGAUUACAUGGAGCGCGAAAGAGACCACUUCUCUCAGUUUAUAACUGAAGGAUUCACAUCCUACUGCAAGAGAAAAAGGAGAGACAAGGUCUACGGCAACAAUGUGGAAAUCCAAGCAUUAUCUGAAAUGUAUAAUCGCCCUAUCCAUAUAUAUUCUUACAGCAUUGAACCAAUGAACACGUUCCAUGGAAGUUAUAACUCAGACACGCCUCCUAUCCGUCUCAGUUAUCAUCAUGGAAAUCAUUACAACUCCCUCAUUGAUCCUCGCCGAUUAUCAGUUGGUGCUGGGCUUGGGUUUAGCUGUCUGCGAGGGAAAAAUGUCGACAAGGAUAAUGUAAAAGCUGCAAUUAAAGCUCAGCAGGACCAACAGAUUGAUAACGCGCUUCUAGCUGAAGGACGCUUCUACUCAGAUGUCGAGCUCACUGAAAAGGAAAUGGAACACAUGGUGAUUGAAGCUUCUAGGGCUGAGUAUAUUGCACAUGAUAAUAAGUUCCGGCAACAGCUUGGUCAUCGAGAAUCUUCCACAUCCGGUGCUGAACCAUCAUCUUCAGGAACUAGGUCAUCAGGAAGUGAGAAACGGCAGGAAGCUGGGCGAGAGCUCAGUUCGUCGGAUUCUACCUUUAGCGACUGCAUCCAGGUUAUGCUAUCGAUGGGUUUCAGCUAUCCACGAGUGAUUGAGGCUUAUAGUAUAUUUGGGGAUGAUGUUGAUUCUAUGGUUUGUUAUCUCAUAGAAACCAGCUGUAGCAGCAGGCGCAAAGGAAAAGCAACUGAAUGAGGAAACUGAGAAAAAAUUUAAAUGGAUAACAGCCUCUUGAGUUUUUCUAGUAUUUUAAGCAUUUGCUUUGUGUUUCGUUGUCUUUUGAGUACGGACUAUCUUAUAUGGAUUAUUCUAAUGUUUCUCUAAGUCUACUGUGAAUUCUAUUACUUUUGAUGCUGCCUGCCUUCUGAUGUUACAUGGAAUAGCUUGUGUAUGUGAAUAAUGCCAUAUAAGUUUGGACAAGAAUAAUACGAUCAUGUUGUAAUUCAUGUUAA